AUGGUUCGAAGGCUUUACUUUCAUCCAUUGUCCUCUUUUCCUGGUCCUCGGCUGGCCGCAGCUACGUCUUUGUAUAAGACGUAUUAUGAUAUUAUCAAGGGCGGCGAAAUGUUAACACAAAUACAUCGGCUACAUUCCAUCUAUGGUUCUGUCAUUCGCAUUGGUCCUAAUGAACUCCACUUCAACGAUUUUCGCGCAUAUUCUGAGAUCUAUUCUGUUGGAUCCCACCUAACGAAGGAUCCAAAAUUUUACAGUUGUUUCAAUGCCAAUGGCUCUGCUUUUGGUGCCAUUGAUCCCCACGUUUCCAAAACACGACGUUCAUUCAUGAACAAGUUUUUCUCCCGAAAGGAAGUUAUAAAAUUAGAGGAUGUGAUCCAGCAAAAAGUUGAUCGGCUCGUCUCCAAACUAGAAACAACAUCAGGCACCACUACAGACAUGUUUUUGGCCUUUCGAAGCGCAACUUUGGAUAUAAUAACUGCGUACAUGUUUGGCCACUGUCUUGAUGCCAUUGAAUACCCCGAUUUCUCCUCGCCCCUUUUGUUGAACAUACAGAUUGCCCUGCCCCUGUUAUGGGUGAUCAAAUCGUUUCCAUGGGUGCUGCCUAUUCUAUCUAUUCUGCCAAAGUCAAAGUGGUGUGCGAGGAGUAUAUUCGAGCAGUUUCAAGCACUGCUUUUUGUACGGAAUUUUCUUGUUGCGUCAUUGGAUCGUACUGCUCAGGAGGUCAAACUUAAAGCUCACCCCGAGCCUUCCCUAUCAACUAUUUGCCACCGAUUAUUUGACCCUAUGUCCAAAGCCGGUCUGAUAUAUCCUUCUCUGCAAGCCAUCAUCGACGAGAGCCUUUCGCUCCUUCAAGCUGGAAGCGACACAGUUGGUAACACUUGUACAGUUGGGACGUUCUAUGUUCUCAAUGACAAGGUUAUUUACACACAACUCAUCACCGAACUUCGCACACAAUGGCCUGACAAAACGGUCCCAGUCGACCUUGCAUUUUUGCAGAAGUUACCUUACCUUACUGCCGUCAUAAAGGAAUCUUUGCGUCUUUCUCACGGAUUUGUAACACCUUUGCCGAGGAUUGUAGGCCACUCAGGUGCGAAGGUUGGUGGAUUCGAGAUUCCCCCGAAUACAAUCGUUUCCAUGAGUGUCACCUCAGUACAUCUGAACGAGACCUUAUUCCCUAAUCCGUCUCAAUUUAAACCCGAACGAUGGCUUCAUUCUUCUCAUCUGUCUUUGGGCCGUUUUUUGGUGCCAUUUUCUGCUGGACCACGCAUGUGCAUGGGUAUGAGCAUGGCGUGGGCGGAGCUGUACCUCUUCUUUGGUUAUUUAUUCAGGAAGCUGGAUAUGCAGAUUAUAGAUACAGACAUAAGCGAUUUUUGCACUUACAAAGACUACUUUGUUCCUAUUCACGUAGGAAGGCAUUUGCGUAUUCUUGUGGCUGAAGGUGGUUAA